AUGCAGGAGGUGAGUGUACACGUGCUAGCGCGAACCGCGGCAAGCGCACCCUCUUCCAGCAUCUCCACCGAUGGGGUGGAUCGGGCUAAUUUGGUUUUGCCUCUGUUACAGGACGUCCCCCCUGUGGCUCAGGAUGUUGCACUCGCCGAGGCGACUAUGGACCCUCAUGUUGGGCUUCAACCUGCAUUUGAGUUCUCAGGCAGUCUCCCAUGCGUUGGAUUUCCGGAUGGAUUUGGAGGUGGGAGUUUGGCCGGCCAAAGUGAUAGCGAGCGGGAGACAUUGUUGCGAAAUUUCGUGCUUUUACUAUCCAUGGAACAGAGAGAAAACGCCGUGAACGGAACCUUUCGGAACUGUCUUAUGGCAGACAGGGUCUUGUCUCAGAACAGUGGACAAACAAUGCCGUAA